AUGGCGGCGUUCCUGCAAAAAGUGCAACACUCGAAUCGGGUCUCGUUAGGCCCGAAGGAGCUCGCGCCUUUGGCCGACAUCAUUGGCGCCGAGAAGCGGCUGAUGGAUGCGUACGUACCCGCUUUUCACAAUGCUGUGGUGGUCUAUGCUUGGGACAGGGCUAGGUCGUGAUGAGAUGACGGGUGCUGGAUUGGUCAGGAUGUGAAGGUGUGAUGAAAUUGCGCAAGGUGGUCGAACACUCGGGGCUUCCGCAGCACCGCCACCCCCGGAGGUCGACUUCGGCUUGGUCGGUUUGACCCCGAGCGGGCUGGGACGACGACGGCUAGGCUCGGCGCGGGGGCGUGUUGUUGAUGACGAAGAAAGUGCGGUGCGAGGGGGCGAAGAAGGUGUUCAUGUCCAUGGAAUGCGUCGGUGUACGAACCGUCUGCUCAGAAACGAGCUGCUAUCCUUACACCCUAAAGAGAGCCUAACUGACCCUUCCACGCUUGCUCCCCCUGCCCUUCCGGCCUUCCGAAUACUCGUCCACUACGCGCCUUUGGGAUGACAGGACCCAAAAACUAGCAAUGGAAGGAACCAAAGCGUCUAGUGCAUUGAAGGAAUGGGGUGUAGCCGAAGGACCCGAUCUGGGGGUAUGUUGGCAUCCACGCUUUUAAGACGAAGAGGCUAGCGCUCGAUGAACAACUGACCUCGUCUUGUCUGACUACGUGCAGGACAUCUUGACCAAGAUUUCCAUGUUGUACGACUAUGCUUCUUCCGCCGAAAGGGCCUAUGCCGAACACACCGGAAACGCUCGGUAAGUUCGCCGAGAGAGGUCACGCGACGUCAUCACCUGCUCAUCACCGUUCGCUCCUUCAUCUACAGCCUUCACUUCAAAGAGAUCAGGACGAGGGAAGAACACUUGACAUCGUUGAAGAAGAGCAAAGAGACUUUGGGCAACAAGAUCGAGAACCUCGACCGAAAGGUUCGUGAUGACGUCGUUGAGCGCCGGUCAUGAUCGAACGGCAACCUGAUCAUCACCCCCUUCUUGUGACGGCAGGUGUCCAAGAUGAAGGAGGAGAACAAGGACUUGCCCGCGAGCAUCCACCGACUGAGCGAGAUGCGUAGCGAGAUGAUCGGCCUCGAGCAUUCGGUCCUCAACGAGGAGAGCAAGCUCGGCGACUUCAAGCGCUCGAUCGUCCGUGAAGCCAUGAGCCUCAAGCUCGGUGCCUUACUCGAAAUGGCGGAAAAGAUGGUCGUCGUCGCUGAACUGGGCAAACUCAUGAUCGACGAGAUUCCGACCGAAAGGACCGAACCGGGCGCUCCUCGCGCUCACUACAACAGCUAUGAUCGCACGGACGAGUUGAUGCAACAGGCGCAGAGGUGCAUCCAGGACGUCGUCUUCAACCCCGUCCCACUUAGUGAGGGCCAACAGUACGACCAUGACCGAUACCACACGGCCGAAGACGAUUUUCGAGCUGCGCAGCCACAGGGUGGCGGUGCUCCCGUCGACGACUACCGAGGCGGUUAUGGAGGUAUGGCCGAAGAGAAGCAAUGGAGUGGACCGAACGACCACUACGGUGGCCAACACGAGCGGUACGCGUCGGAAUCACAGGCCCCCGCUCUGCCCGAAAUUUACUCGCAACCCCUCUUGCCCCCCGGUGCCGGAUCCGGCGGUUUCAGCGGCAACAAAGGCCGAGAGCAGCAGCAGCAGCACGACCAAAACGGGUCGAACGGUGCUUUGGCCGCUCCUUUCGCCCACUACGAGCAGUACAACCAGACCUCGUCCCCCUACUCGGGUUCGAACGGCAGCCACGCCCCCUACGUCGACGCCCCGAGUGGAUCGAAUCGACCGUCGUUCGAGCACCCUGCAACCACGCAGGAUCCGUCGCAGGCGCGCGCGUCGUACGAACAGGAGUCACCUGCGCUGGCCAAGGAACGUGAGCAGGCCGAGGAAGCUGCCCGUGGGGCCCAACAGCCCAAUCCUUGGCGCCAGGACUCGCAGCCCAACGUCGCCUCGACUCGAGAAGCGGAAGGUCACAAUCAGGCUUAUGACAACGGAAGUGAUGUGGCACCGGCGGCACCUUCGCCAGCUUAUGUGGCACCGGCGGCACCUUCGCCAGCUUAUGUGGCGCAGGCCGAACGACCUCGCACACCGGUCCAAGAGCAGCAAGAGCAGCCUACCUAUGUUUCGCCCUCGGCCAUUGGUUCCAAUGCGCUGCCCAACAACCGCGCUUCUCCCGUCAUCGGCGGCGUGUCGGCCUUUACUCACCCCGACUAUGAUCGACCCUACGUCCCCAAGGCCGGGGAUGGUGCCUACCACGGGCAACCUGCGGGAGCGCCUCCACUUCCCAGCAAUUCCAACGCCUCCGGAAAAAACACGGCCUACCUUCCGCCCGUCAACACCGCUCCUGCGCCUCCACCCAUCACCCCCACCCCGACUUCCCCCUCCUCGUCGAGUGGUAACCGUCGACCUGUCGUGAUCCGCGGUGAAUCAGCUCUGGGUUCGAAGCACGGCGACGUUUUUGUCGCGAACCGAGCGCCGAUCGACGGCGGUGCCUUGAACGCCGCCGCACCGAGUGGCCCAAACGUCUCGUCGAGUGGAUACGCCGCUGGAACGGGUGCAGGAAGCGCGAGUGGUUACUACCGUUCCUCGGAUGCCAACAGCGGUAGUGGCAAAAUCCCCGCCGGUGCGUUCCGUCGCGGUCCUUCGAACCAAUACAUGGCCGGCGGUGUCGUUGCAGGUGGCCAGAUGUUGCCCGGACCUCCUAGAGCGAACGAUUUUGGGCCUUCGACGACGAAUAAUGGUGCUUCGCCUUCGCCUAGCGAAUCAAUGUCGAUUCGGGAUCAGUACUUGGCGAGGGAUGCGGCGCUGUUGCAGCAGCAGCAGCAGACGGAGGGGCUUACAGGUGUGGGUGCAGGUCCCCGGUUCGAUGUGAGUUUCAUUUCAAGGUGUUUUGAGGUAUUAUUCUGACACCAUCGUUUUCUCCAUAGGUCACACCUCUCAACAUCUCGAACCGCAACAGCGUAAUCGGUGGAUCGGCCCCUUCCGAAGUCGGAUCCUCUAUCGCCCCACCGUCGUACCACCCUUCGGCGCCGUCACAACCAUCAUUCUCGCAGCAACAAGGUUCUCGAUCAGGGUCAGGCUUCAACUCGUCCCACUUUGUUACGAGGUUGGAUUGA